AGUGAGCUGUAGUUCACACGAGGUCAUAGGUUGUUUCCAAGAUGGCGGAAAGUUAACCAAAAUACUGUUAGCAUAAGAAAGUUUGGAUCCUUAAAUCAAGAAUAACAACCAGUAAGCGAAAUCAAGGCAGUUUUGGAGAGCAGAGCAUCACUUGUUAUACCGAUCAUGCCAUCUGCUUGUGACCUAAUCAUUGAUGACAUUGAGGACAUGGUGUCCGCCAACGACCCUACACCACAUGAGCGCCAGUUCGCCAGGAAAAACGUUGUCCCGCGAUCCCGGAGACGUAAGCAGGAUCAGCAGACGACGGAAGAAUUACAGACAGACAGUGUGAUCCCCGGCACACAGAAGAUCUGGAUGCGGACGUGGGGCUGCUCACACAACAGCUCGGACGGGGAGUACAUGGCCGGCCAGCUGGCUGCCAGCGGCUACAAGAUGACAGAUGACCCUCUGCAGGCUGAUGUCUGGCUGUUGAACAGCUGUACCGUAAAGAACCCAGCAGAGGACCACUUCAGGAACUCCAUCAAGAAAGCCCAGGAGCAGGACAAGAAGGUGGUGGUGGCCGGCUGUGUCCCUCAGGCCCAGCCCAGGAUGGAGUACCUGAAGGGCCUCAGCGUCAUCGGGGUGCAGCAGAUUGACCGUGUUGUGGAGGUCGUGGAUGAGGCUGUCAAAGGCCACUCUGUGCGUCUGCUGGGUCAGAAGAAGGAUAACGGGCGUCGCCUGGGGGGAGCGCGGCUGGACCUGCCCAAAAUUAGGAAAAACCCACUCAUCGAGAUCAUCUCCAUCAACACAGGAUGUUUGAACGCCUGCACGUACUGUAAGACUAAGCACGCCCGUGGGGAUCUGGCCAGCUACCCCGUAGAGGAGCUGGUGGAGCGAGCCCGGCAGUCCUUCCAGGAGGGAGUGUGUGAGAUCUGGCUGACGAGCGAGGACACUGGCGCGUACGGCAGAGACAUUGGCACAGAUCUGCCCACUCUGCUGUGGCAACUAGUGGAGGAGAUCCCCGAAGGAGCCAUGCUCAGGCUGGGCAUGACCAACCCUCCAUACAUCUUGGAACACCUGGAGGAGAUGGCGAAGAUCCUGAGUCACCCGCGUGUGUAUGCCUUCCUGCACGUGCCGGUGCAGUCUGCGUCUGACAGCGUUCUCAUGGACAUGAAGAGGGAGUACUGCGCCGACGACUUCGCACACGUGGUGGACUUCCUCAAAGAGAAGGUUCCUGGCAUCACCAUCGCCACAGAUAUCAUCUGCGGUUUCCCCGGCGAGACCGAGGCAGACUUCCAGGAGACGCUGGAUCUGGUGCAGAAGUACCGCUUCCCGAGCCUCUUCAUCAAUCAGUUCUACCCACGGCCGGGAACGCCCGCUGCCAAGAUGGAGCAGGUCCCAGCAAACGUGAAGAAGCAGAGAACCAAAGAGCUGUCGGCGCUGUUCCACUCCUACAACCCGUACGACCAUAAGAUUGGCGAAAGGCAAAAAGUACUUGUGACAGAGGAAUCUUUUGAUGCACAAUACUACGUAGCACACAACAAGUUCUAUGAACAGGUGCUGGUGCCAAAGAACCCUGAGUUCAAGGGGAAGAUGAUCGAGGUGGAUAUCUACGAGACAGGGAAGCACUACAUGAAGGGGCGACUCGUGGAGGACUCCCCUGUCAUCACACCCUCUAUCGCCCAGCCCCUACAGCGAGGGGAGGUGUCAGGACUCACGCAGGACCUGAAGGCGUGCGGUGAGAAUGGCCUCCACGGCCCCUCCCUGGCCCCGUCCCUGCAGAAGGCCUCCUCCUGGGGGUCCCUGGACUCUGAGAACCUGAAGCAGCUGUCCGUGGGCUUCGCCAUCCUGGCCAUCCUAGUGGUCUUCAUCCUGGAGAAGAUUUACUGAUAUGCCCCCAGCAGGACACACACACACAUACACUCUCCAAAAUAUGACAACUCGGUGAUUUCACUAGGUCGUGUGUGUGUCUGUCUGUCUGUCUGUCUGUCUGUCUGUCUGUCUGUGUGUGUGUGUGUGUCUGUCUGACUGUGU